AGACAACCUCUUCUUUCCUGCUUCCCUCGCCGUGAAGAUGGCGCUCUCCAGGGUGUGCUGGGCUCGGUCGGCCGUGUGGGGCUCGGCAGUCACCCCUGGACAUUUUGUCACCCGGAGGCUGCAACUUGGUCGCUCUGGCCUGGCUUGGGGGGCCCCUCGUCUCUUUGAUCUUCCUUGUAGGUCUUCAAAGCUUCACCUUUCUCCAAAGGCAGAUGUGAAGAACUUGAUGUCUUAUGUGGUAACCAAGACAAAAGCGAUUAAUGGGAAAUACCAUCGUUUCUUGGGUCGUCAUUUUCCCCGCUUCUAUGUCCUGUACACAAUCUUCAUGAAAGGAUUACAGAUGUUAUGGGCUGAUGCCAAAAAGGCUAGAAGAAUAAAGACAAAUAUGUGGAAGCACAAUAUAAAGUUUCAUCAACUUCCAUACCGGGAGAUGGAGCAUUUGAGACAGUUCCGCCAAGACGUCACCAAGUGUCUUUUCCUAGGUAUUAUUUCCAUUCCACCUUUUGCCAACUACCUGGUCUUCUUGCUAAUGUACCUGUUUCCCAGGCAACUACUGAUCAGGCAUUUCUGGACCCCAAAACAACAAACUGAUUUCUUAGAUAUCUAUCAUGCUUUCCGGAAGCAGUCCCACCCAGAAAUUAUUAGUUAUUUAGAAAAGGUCAUCCCUCUCAUUUCUGAUGCAGGACUCCGGUGGCGUCUGACAGAUCUGUGCACCAAGAUACAGCGUGGUACCCACCCAGCAAUACAUGAUAUCUUGGCUCUGAGAGAGUGUUUCUCUAACCAUCCUCUGGGCAUGAACCAACUCCAGGCUUUGCACGUGAAAGCCUUGAGCCGGGCCAUGCUUCUCACAUCUUACCUGCCUCCUCCCUUGUUGAGACAUCGUUUGAAGACUCAUACAACUGUGAUUCACCAACUGGACCAGGCUUUGGCAAAGCUGGGGAUUGGCCAGCUGACUACUCAGGAAGUAAAAUCGCUGCUUCUUAUCACCUCUGAGAAAUGAAACAAACAAAGAUGAGAUACGUCCACAGCCUAAGAAUCCUGUCAUGCUUGUUUUCUUUGCAAAAAUGUUAAGAGACAGGGUCUCACUCUGUGACCCAGGCUGGAGUGCACUGGUGUGAACUCAGCUCACUGCAGCCUUGACCUCCUGGACUCAAGAGAUCUUCCUACCUCAGCCUCCCAAGUAGCUAGGAGUAGAGGUGUGAGCCACCGUGCCUGGCCGUGCGCUCUUUGCUUACUCUGUUGAUGGAGGAGGGUUGUGGAACUGGAGAGUGUUCACAACCACAGGGAAUCCACCCCUGAAUGGGCCUCCCAUGUUCAGUGGCACCCACACCUCACCCUGCUGACCCUGGUGUAGAUAUACUAUCUCAGGCCAACUUGGACUGACCUGGCAUUUAAUCCCAGCCUGGCUGCAGGCACACGCUUCUGGGUCACAAUACAGUCGGCAGUCACAACCACAUUCUUCCCGUGACAGGCGGAUGGCUCGAAGUUCUUGCUUCUCUUCAGCAUCAAUGCGGUGGACCCCAGAAGCCCUCAGCAGGGCCCGUCGCCGUUUGGUGGGCAGAGGCUGCAGGAAGAAGUAAUCAUCCACCUCCACGUUUUCCACAUCAAUGUCUUCAUCUGACACAUCAUCCAGCGUCAGGCCAUCGGCCUCCACCGACUCCACUGUCCCAUUCUUGGUCAGCUGCCAAGAGACAGGAAAGGUUAGCCUCAUAGACGUGAGCAGCAUGCACCUCCUCAGUGACCAUCCCAGAGCAGCACUGUCCCUUGAACUUUCUGCAAUCAUGGGAAUGUCUGUGCUGUCCAAAAUGAUGGCAGCUACUAGCACAUGUGGCUACUGAGCACUAGAAAUGCGGCAGUUGGAAAAAACUGUCAUUUUAUUUAUUUUUUUGAGAAAAAAGUCUCAUUCUGUCGUCCAGGCGGGAGUGCAGUGGUGCAAUCUCAGCUCACUACAACCUCCGCCUCCCAGGUUCAAGUGAUUCUCCUGCCUCCCAAGUAGUUGGGAUUACAGGCGUGAGUCACCACGCCUGGCUAUUUUUUUCUGUUUUCAGUAAAGACAGGGUUUCACUGUGUUGGCCAGGCUAGUCUUGAACUCCUGGCCUCAAGUGAUCCACACACCUCGGCCUCCCAAAGUGCUGGGGUCCACUGUGCCAGCCCAAUUUACAUAAUUUUAAUUAAAUAGCCGUAUGUGACUACUGGCUGCUGUAUUCACUAGCACAGGUCAAAAGAAUAAAUCCAGAGUGGGAAGAUGGGAAAUCUUACGCAUCAUCACCUUUCUGGGUCCAAGCUUCUCAAAAACCCGUCUCAUCUUCCCUCCUACACGAAAAUCUAUUUCCACAAACAUACCCUCCAUUUCCAGACAUGUGUCCCCUCAUUUACACUCACUUGCCUUCUAACACAGAGAGGAAAAGGUAUGUGAAUGACUGGAUGAUCCUUGGAUAUAUAGAAAAAUGUGAAACACCCUUCAACUUGCACCCACUGAAUGCAAAACUACCUUUUUGGAAAAAAAGGGCAAAUUAAAGUGUAGUAAAAGGCUA